AGGAAACGCGUUUGGAGGCGCGUCUCAACAACUCCAAACUUGUAAUUACAGCAACAACAAUGGACUCAACAACAAAGCCUAUUCUCAAGACCUACUCCCGACAGCGCAAGCGGCGUACUCCAGAUGACGAACCACCUCUAAAACGUAGAUGUAUACAGAGCGGAAUCAGUCUGCAGCAAAUCGAAGAGCCUCAAUCUUCGUCGAGCCAUCGUUCAUCUAGCCCACGAAUAUUCUCAGACGCAAAUGUCCCAGAGAGUCCACCUUCAUCACCUCCAAGCUCUCAAACCACAUCUCCGAAGACAACCGAUACUAUAUACGAUAAAACGCAGCGGAUACCCCUCCUUGAACGAAGUCAGACGUUACUCAACAAGUCCAAGCGCAAGAGCCUCGUGCAACUAAAGAUAGACCUCGGAUGGCAAACAAGAAAGCUGUGCAAAGAUUGCGGCAUGGAGUACAUACCUUCCGACACUGAAGACGCCGCGGUGCAUAAAAAGUUCCACACCACGAACCUGGGAGGGGUAGAUAUGGAUAAGGCAUAUUUAGAUCAGAGGAGGGCGAAUGCUAUCUGGAGCAACGAUCAAGGCGACUUUAUCCUGGCCAUAGGACGGAAAAGCAGCCUGGCAUCAAGGAAACGCGCGAUAAAGGUUCUGACUGUGGUAAACGCAGAGCUGCAUGCCGUGGCAAUAUCAGAUGAGGAUCUAUGGAGUGAGGUUUCACGGGCGUCAGAUGUAGAGCAGCAGCAGCAGCAACAGCCUGCUGGCACGAGCACGAAACCUCUAGGAACAUUGGAUCGCUUCAAGGCGUUUCUCUACAUCAAGGGCCAGAAAUGCGUGGGCAUGUGUCUUGCAGAGUCGUUAUCGAAAGCAUGUACUGUGCUUGCUCCAGAGGAUGCCGCAAGCGGUAUUAACCAACCUUUGAGCUCUCCUGCGUCUACAUCGUCCAUGAUAGUCAGUACAAAGCCAGAGAAAGCAAUGAUGGGUAUAUCUCGUAUAUGGACGUCAGGAGCUCAUCGAAAGGCCAAUGUAGCGAGGAACCUGUUGGACUGCGCAGUCGACAAUUUCCUGUAUGGACUAAAGGUUCCAAAGAGUCUCGUAGCAUUCAGUCAGCCGACUGAUAGCGGAUUUAAUCUUGCGCGAAAAUGGUUUGGACAAGACUCCGGCUGGCAUGUAUACGUCAACUGAGGGGUCGAUACGGUUGAUGCCGGCCGGUCUCAGUGUUUGCGACACCUUGUGCACGGGUGUGGAAGUAUGUUAUGCUAUCAAUAAGUAACAAUAGCAUUGUGAAUGUAUAUGUCAACAACAGUCAAAAUUGGCUGCCUAG